AUGGACAAAAUUCAACAGCUGGAUAAGAAGAAGAAGAAUAUGUCAUACUGGCUUCAAAAUGUAGAAGAUCAGGAUCAUGAUCAUGACGAGGUGAAAGGAGAAUCAAAUUUACCUUCAGUUCCUCAACCAGAAACACCACAGGAGCCAAUGGAAUUUCUCUCCAGAUCUUGGAGUCUUUCUGUCAAUGAAAUAUCAAGAGCUCUUGCUAAAACGCAGAUGCCACCAACACUCAAGAAUCCAUGUGUGAUUCCCGAGCCUGUAAUAACACAACACGUUCCGUACAAGAUCGCGAUUCCAUUUAAUAGUCGCAAAACUGGAGCAAUUGGGAGAUUGUUUAACCACAAGGAAUCUAACAGUAGUAACACAUUGAAAAAGAAAGAAAAAGCGCGAAUGGAAAAUGCACGUAUGCACACAGUUCUCUCUGUUGCUGGAUUAGCAGCAGCCUUGGCUGCUGUCACUGCAACGGAAAAUUCUGGCUCGAAAAUGAGCAUAGCCAUGGCAUCAGCCACAGAGCUCUUGGCUUCAUACUGCAUUGAGCUGGCAGAAUCUGCAGGAGCCGGCCAUGAUCACGUUGCCUCUGUCGUUAGAUCUGCAGUAGACAUUCACAGGGCAAGCGAUCUAGUAACUUUGACAGCAGCUGCAGCAACUGCUUUGAGAGGGGAAGCAGCUUUAAAAGCAAGAUUGCCAACAGAAGCAAAGAGGAGUGCAGCUGUAAGUCCAUAUAGAAAAGACAUAGUAGAUACUCAUUCUUCUGCAACUUUACUUAGUCAAAUUGUAGAAGAAGAUACUCCCUGUGUAGGAGACUUACUACAACACUCAAGUAAAGGUGUGCUAAGAUGGAAAAAUGUCUCUGUUUACAUCAACAAGAAAUGCGAGCUUAUAAUCAAGUUGAAAAGUAAACAUGUUGGAGGAGCCUUUUCCAAGAAGAAUAAAUGUAUUGUUUAUGAAGUCAUUGAUGAGAGUGCAGCAUGGCCAUUUAGAAAAGAAAGGGAAAACAUGGAAUUGUACUUUGGGGUGAAAACUGCACAAGGCCUUUUGGAAUUCAAGUGCAAGAACAAAAUUCAUAAGCAGAAAUGGGUUGAUGGAAUUCAAAGACUUCUUCAGAGAACAAGUUGCAUUGAAGAAACUGAGCACACACGAAGAAUGUUGAAUAUUAACAAGAGCAUUAAAUAA